GUGUGUGAGUCGAGUCAUUGUGACUGUAUAUAUAGUACACGUAUUUAGCGGCUAAACUCGCAGCAUGUGUGAACUCGAGACAGUACUUGAUCUGGCUUAACUAGCUACGGGUUCGUGCUUAAGCUCUACUAGUAGUUAACUCCAGGUCACAGGUCAGUAUAUAUUCGAGCCGGGCCAUGGCGGCGGAAGGGAGCGGCAGGUCGACUACGGCCACGGCGCAGUGCCGGGGGCGGCGUUUCCUGGGCGUCCGGCAGAGGCCGUCGGGGCGGUGGGUGGCGGAGAUAAAGGACUCGGCGCAGCGGGUGCGGCUGUGGCUGGGCACGUUCGACACCGCCGAGGACGCGGCGAGAGCCUACGACGAGGCGGCACGCGCGCUGCGCGGGGACAACACGCGCACCAACUUCGCGGCCCGGCACAACGGCGCGUCCUCCUCCCCGGCCAGGGCAAGGGUGAGCAAGAACCUGCAGCACGUGAUGGCCAGGGCGGCCGCCGCGGGGAGGUCCUCCUUGGCCACGGCGUGCGGCGACCAGCAGUUCGCGCUCGCCGCGGUGUUCCGGCACUGGCAGGCGCCGCCGGAGCAGCAGCUGACGCCGAGCGCCCGUGGUGGCGAGACCGUGCAGCACGUGGCCAACGCCGUGCAGCCGAGCUUCGUGGUGCCGAGGAGGACAGAGGCGCCACCGCCCGUUACGCUUGGAGCUGGAGACGUUUGGGGCGCGGACACGGGCGUUCUCGAGCUGGCGGCAGGCAGCGGUGGUGAGACGGGUGGGGAGAAGUCGUUCAAGGUGUCUUCGUCUUUGAUCGUGCCGUCCAAGUUCGGUGCAGCGGCAGCAACGGAGUCGUUUGGCCUCGAGGAAUUCUAGCUUCGGGAGGGCGGAACGUUGUCAACGUCCUUCAGCUGGUUCCAAUGGUUGCCACGCAUGCAUCAAUGGUGGGCUCGCGCCAAGGAACGGUGUAGAUACGGCGCGAGGAAUGCAUGCGCUGGCUGUCCUUCCUAAGGAAGAGAUGUCUGUAGUUUUUAUUGUACUCCACUCUACUUGCCGUGAGCUAUUUCGGUCUCGAUGGCACAGGGUGGCCGGAAAAUUGUCAUGGACAUCUCAAGUUCUCAA